UCAGCCGCCAUUGCAACCGCCAUCUUGCGACAUUUGGCGGGAAACUUACUGCGCAAUUUAUAUAUUUUUAAAUUCACAAAAUGUUGAAGUUGACAGCGGUUGUAUCUCUGAUGUUGAUAGGCAGUACUCUAUGGGCGGCGGGGCUCUCCUGUGAUUCUUGUGGAAGUGAAUGCGCUUCCGCUUGCGGCACACGUCACUUCCGGUCCUGCUGUUUCAACUAUUUGAGGAGGAAGAGGACACCGGAGCUUGGAAUGAAGCUCUUCCCGCAACAACUACGCGAAGUGAAGGAAUCGCCGCAAAAAGCACGUCUUGUCGUCUUCGAGAACAUUCCAGAACCUUGGCUGUCCAACCUGGUACCUGACUACAAGCCCAGACCCAUGGAGGACCCUACAGACCGACUACAGGCUUUAUACGACGCCUAGACACCCCGUAAGGCUGCAUACCCGUUAUCCAUAGUCAAUUUUUUAUAAAAAAAAAAGAAAAUGGAAUCGUGUACCAUAAAGUAUCCAACCGCUUGCGAAUUUAAAACUAAAAAAAUAUUUGGAAUAGAUUUUUAUUCGUUUAUUUUAUAAAAGUGGCGUUUGAUUGAUCAAAUAACAUAAUGUUAUAAAUGAGUAAAUGUUUUCUUUGUCGCAGUUGGUCCAUUUAUUGUAUCUCUUGCGAUAUGCGAGCUCCAUGUUACGGCUACUGACAUAAACAAAGAGACUGGUACAAAUCGCCAGCAGACGUCAUAUGGUGACCGCAUAAUGGACGCGACGCGAUAUUUGUACCAAGAAAAUUAUUUUAGCGUCUGGCCAAUGCUAAGGGGCCGAAAACCAGCUUUUUGUUUUUUGACGUGACUUAUUGUAGAUUUGCCGCAGAUGGCAUUAAGUACUUGGCCGGACAAAUGGGGAGCGCUGAUGGCUCUCACCCGGUACAACGUUUAAGACAACAGGCCUGAGGGUGCCCAGUUGGGCGUGAACCUCGGCUCAGGGCGUCGUCUGAGAGGAAGAAUAUUUGAAA